UAUUUCGACUGUUCACAAAAAGUAACCGCAUUUCACUCAGAAACACGUUGGACGCGUGAAAAUGGAGGAACAACAAACCGCGAAGACAAACGAGCUGCCGGUGGCCUCCGGAGACUUCACCGAUCAGGAUAGUUCGGACGAUUUCUUCACCUCAAAAGGCGUCGACGAUUCCUCCGAGUGGUACGCCGACUGGCCGCAGCUCCAGGCCUUACUCAGAAACCAUCUCUCGUUUCCGCCGUCAGCGCCGCCGCCGGCGGAGCUGAGUAUUUUGGUGCCGGCGUGCGGGAACUCCAGGCUGUCGGAGCAUCUGUACGACGACGGGUUUAAGAAUAUAACAAACGUGGAUUUCUCGAAGGUGGUCGUUUCCGCCAUGUUGAGGAGGAAUGUGGAAGAGCGGCCGCUGAUGAAGUGGCGCGUUAUGGACAUGACUAAUAUUCAGUUUGCAAAUGGGACCUUUGAUGCCAUCGUCGACAAGGGAGGAUUGGAUGCUCUGGUGGAAUCUGAGCUUGGCCUCAGAUCAGGAAUACUAUAUAUAUCUGAGGUUAAAAGACUAUUAAAAGCUGGAGGAAGAUAUAUUUGUCUCACCUUGGCAAAAUCUCAUGUGCUAGGUCUACUUUUUUCAAAGUUCCGAUUUGGGUGGAAAACCAAUAUUUAUUCCAUUGCCCACGAAGCAUCUUCUGGAACCACCAAAAAGCAGGCUUAUAUAUUGGUCGCAGAGAAAUCUAUUUUAACUGUUGUGUCUCAGAUAGUAUCCUCAGAUAAUCAGGAUCAUGAACUAUUUGAAGCACUUGAAAGAGAAAAUACUAUCCGCGCAGAAUACUCCAAUGGCACUGAUACAUGGUACUCACUUGAAGACCUGAAGCUAGGAGUGAAAGGAAACAUUAGAAAGCUUGAACCUGGUCGUCAUGUAAAGCUUUUUUUAGGUGAAACUGGAGUAUCCCGCUUCUUCUAUACUGGUGUACUUCUUGAUGCUAUUCCAGAGACUGAACCUUUCUCCGAUCGAUUUCGUGUAGUAUUUUUGAAGAAAACGCAAUCUUCCCAAAAGAUCAUCGCAGCAGAAUCCCGACAAUGGCGCAUUCUUGGAAGCUUAAAAGCUGCUCGACUGCUGAUGAUUGUACUAGAUUCCAGUCAUUCUAAUGUUACCUGGGACGAUAUAAUGAGGGAUAUCUAUUAUUUUGUCAAUCAAUUGGCGCCAGUGGAAAUCGGUGAUGAUAUUAAUAUUGUAGCUACGUCUGAAGAUGAUAUGAUUGAUGGGAUUAAGCAGAGGAUACUUGUGCACCAGGUUCUAUCUAUCUUGACUGGUCCAAUCUUUGUAGAAGACGUGAUUUAUGAUCAUGAUCUAGCAAAGGAUCUCAUAUUCCGCCGCCUUUGUUUUGAAAGAACUGAGAAUUUGGUGCAUUCUGGAGCUCCAUUAUCCAUAGAAGGACCAAAUGACAGUUCAGCAUCAAGUGGUCAACCGAAAGUUGAACACAAAAUUUUGGUAACGGGAUUCCACAAGGGGGUUAUUGCUGGAUUAUUGUUGUUUUCUUUACAUUCAGAAAGAACUACAUCAGCUGGUGUAUUGGUCAAAACAGUGAUCAUUGGUCUUGGAUCAGGAAUACUUCCUAUGUUUAUGAGAAACUGCCUACCUUCUCUACAGAUUGAGGUCGUUGAGUUAGAUCCUGUGGUUCUGAAUGUUGCUAGCGAAUAUUUUGGUUUUACAGAAGACGAAAGCUUAAAGGUACAUAUUACCGAUGCAACUAAGUUUGUCAGAGAGAGAGCAAAUUCUGAGGAAGAAGGAAACGACUCUUCCAAAGUUGAUGUGCUUGUAAUUGAUGUGGGUUCAUCAGACUCGAGUUCUGGUUUAAUCAGCCCGGAGGCAGACUUUGUCGAGGAAUCUUUUCUCUUGACCGUAAAGGAUUCACUCUCUGACAAUGGUUUGUUCGUCUUUAAGUUGAUCUCAAAGUACUCAAGUGUUAGAGGUUCAGUGUACUCAAAACUGAGAAAGGUAUUCAGCAACCUCUAUCACUUUUACGCAGACGGAGAUUUUGUCGAAAUAAUAUUUGCCCUGAAGAAGGACUCACCGAUUAUCGCGGAAAACGAACUUGCUGAAGCUUGUGAGGCACUAGCAAGAUCAUUACAGCAUAACAAUCAGGAUUGGGCCACAAGAGUCUUACAUAACUCCAAAUUGAUCAAACCACUACCAUGAUUAAAAGCUAAAAUAGUGUACAUUGAUUGGCUACCUGUAAAUGAACUAUAUGUUACAAUAACUUCUAAGCUACAUGUUAAAACCGUGUAGUGCUUUUCUUA